AUCCUUAAAUUAGCAGGUUAAAGUGAGAGGGCUGAAGUCAGAAUGUAUGCCAAACUCAACGAUCAAUGCCUUUCAGAAACAUCACUUAUGAUUUGCUGCUCUUGCUCCUCCCCCCUUGAGGAGUUUGAUCCUAACGUCAACAGCAAGGCUGGUGGUGCCAAGUAGUAAUAUUGCUGGUGCCACACGUUGCAGAACAGAGUGCCAUAUUCGAUGGGGAAUGGUAGCAUGUAUGCCAUGUGGCUUCGCUUGCUAUCGACGUGUUUUUAUUUGGUUGGACCUCAAUGUUUGUCAAAAUCCCCUAGACUACUGUGUUUAUGAAGACAAAAGGUCAUGCCAUCUUUAGUGCAUAUAUAAGGUCUUCUUGACGCUGCUAUAUCUGUAUCGAAACCACUUGAAAACUCAGAAAGAAGAGCGAAAGAAAGGAAGGCAAUAGGAAAUGUCAGGGGCACAGGGAGCACAGCCGCCGGGCAGUACAACAGCAACAACAUACGAGUCAGUGCCAGGGGGGGAGAACAAGACCAGAGUUAAGGUGGACUCAAAGGAGGAUCAGGGCGCGAUCCAGGUCGACAAACUCCAGGAGAAGGUUCCUGACGCCGCUGGCGAAGGAGGCCCUGUCUUUGGCGCUGGCAAAGAUGAAAAUAAGAAAGACUUGGGAGUUACUGGCACUGGCGAGUAGCUAGCCUAGCUUGGUUUCCCUACAAGUUGCUGCAUCAUUUGUUAAAAUUGAACUUGUGUGAGUUUAUCAAUUUUUUAAAAUAAGAAAUUAUUCUCUAUCAAUUAUCUCACAA